AUGUAUCUCCUGGUUUAUGUUGAUGAUAUCAUCCUCAUCAGUUCCUCUACUGCUGCUGCGGAUCGUCUUGUGGCUGCUUUGACUGGGGAUUUUGCUGUCAAGGACUUAGGUGCUCUGCACUUCUUCCUUGGUCUGGAGGUUUCACGGUCUUCUGCUGUGUUGACUCUUACUCAGAAGAAGUAUUCUCUGGACUUAUUGCGUCGUGCUGGCAUGCUGAAGUGUAAACAUGUGAUCACUCUGAUGUCUGCUACUGAUCGGUUGUCUGCCCUUGAUGGAGACCUUCUUUCGCCUGAUGAUGCUACUGAGUAUCGUAGUCUCGUUGGUGGUCUGCAGUAUCUUACUAUCACCAGACCAGAUGUCUCUUAUGCAGUCAAUCGUGUCUGUCAGUAUCUUCAUGCACCCAGGACGUCUCAUUGGUCAGCUGUGAAGCGCAUUCUGCAUUAUAUUUGUCUCACUGCCUCCUAUGGUUUGCUUCUCCAGCCUGCACCGUCUUAUGAGAUCUCAGCCUUUUCAGAUGCAGAUUGGGUUGGGUGUCCUGAUGACAGGCGAUCCACGGGGGGAUAUGCAGUGUUUCUUGGUCCUAAUUUGAUCACCUGGAAUGCUCGCAAGCAGGCUACGGUGUCUUGCAGCAGUACUGAAGCUGAGAACAAAGCAGUUGCUGAUGCGACUGCUGAGAUCAUAUGCGCUCAAUCAUUGUUGAGAGAAUUGAGAGUCUCUCCUGCUCAUUCUCCUGUGCUUUGGUGUGACAACAUUGGUGCUACCUAUCUUUCAUCUAAUCCGGUGUUUCAUGCUUGGACAAAACACAUUGAGGUAGACUAUCACUUUGUCCGAGAACGUGUUGCACAGAGGAUCCUCAGUAUCAAGUUCAUCUCAUCAAAAGAUCAACUUGCUGACAUCUUCACGAAGCCUCUUCCACAACCACAGUUUGUAGGCUGUAGGCACAAUCUUAACUUGCUUUGUACUUCAGGCCAUAGUUAA